ACCGCUGUUAUGGUAGACUUUCAUUUCAUACUGUAGGCGCUGGUUUCCUAAAACCGACAUUAAAUUAGGGUAACGAACAAUACGAAACGUUCAUACGGCACGUAUUCAUGAAGUUAAGUCUUAAUACCAUCGCAUACAGUGGACAGAGUGGGAUUUACGCUCGGAAAUUAUACUUUUAAUGCCAUCGGUGAACGGCGAGAGUCAUGUUUGUUUUGGUCUCCUUACAGGAAUCUUUCUGCUCCGGUUGAGGAUUUUUCCAUCGCAGGAUUACUAGAAAUAUUUGGGGUCGUUUCAUAACGAUCGGGGACGAGGAAUCAUGUCCAAGCGAGAGGCGUUUUUAGAAACCGCCUGUACGGAAAACGUGGAGGACUUCCUUAGCUUUAUAAAGCUGCAUAAUGACAAAACCGAGCCUUUCGAUGUGGAGGAGGUGGUGCAGGAGAUGUCUACAAACCAGAGGAAGACACUCUGGACGAGACUGCACUCGUUCCUCGGGGACACCCUGCUGGAGUUUCCUCCGCAGCGCUGGGAAGAAAACAUGCAGCAGGAUUCUGCUGCAGAUGUUAAACGAGCCGUGGCUGUUGUGGACGGAGUGACUUUAGUGACUUCACUGUCUGUAAAGGUUUUACAAGAGGGUGACUCCUGCAGCACACUUCUAAAACUUUGCCACAGUCUUCACGACGUUCUGGUGUCGCUGCCUGUGUCCGAGGCUUUGCUGCAGCUCCACAUACAUGCCCUGUUUGAGGCCUGGUGGAAGAAGGGGCUGCAGGACAGAGAAAAGUUUGGCCGCACUGCUUUCCUCGUCUCUUUGCAAAGGAGUUUCACCUUGAAGAAAUCAGCUGCUGAGAUUCAGAGAGUGUGGAGUAUGCAUGACGUGCUCUUGAAUCUGGAUUACACAUCAGAGGACAACAAGCAGAUAAUCGACUUGCUGCUUCAAUUCUUUCAUCAUCCCACUUACAUCAAAAAUGAUGAUGGAAAGCGAUUCCUGGUGUUUCUUUUCAGCUGGAACGUUGAUUUCAUCUUGGUAAUCCAUGGCACCAUCAAAAACCAGCUGGAGUUUUAUAGCACCACCAUCACCACUCAUAUCGCGGAGAUCUACUUCAGAGCAUGGAAGAAGGCUUGUGGGGAUUUUAUGGAGAAGAUUGAGAACUCGUGCAUUCAGGAUUUUAUGCAAUAUGCUGUCUUCCUUCCCAAGGCAUCACCCGUUCAUGCCAAAGUUCGAGAGAUCAUGCGCUAUUUCCACACAAGAAAGGGCUGUCACAGUGUGGACAAGAUGCUCUAUAACCUCUACAAGCCAAUACUCUGGAAAGCUCUGAAUGCUCCAAACUUUGAGGUGCGUGCAAAUGCCACUUUGAUUUUCGCUGAGGCGUUCCCAGUUCAUGACCCGGACCAAGACGUCCAGAAUAUUGACAAGAGUAUUCAAAAGCAGCUGGACACUGCAAUGGACCUCCUGGACGACCCCCACCCUACCGUCCGCUCCACUGCCACCCUGGGCGUCUGUAAGCUCCUGACCAAGUGCUGGGAGGUGCUGCCUCCAACAAUCAUCAUAGACUUCCUGAAGAAGCUGGUGACGGAGCUGGCGGCCGACAGCAGCUCCCCAGACGUCCGCUGCUCCGUGUUCAAGUGUCUGACUAUCGUCCUGGACAACCCUCUCAGCCAUCCACUCCUGGAAAAGCUCCUACCCACUCUCAAGUACAGCGUCCAUGACAACUCGUUGAAAGUCCGCACAGCUUUCCUUGACAUGCUUAUUAAAGUUAAUGCAGCUCGUGCUGCCAAGUUCUGGGAGGUUUGCAGCGUAGAACACCUGCUGCCUCGCUUGGCCGUGGACUCCCAUUCAGUCUCCAAGCGUAUUGUGGAGCUGCUCUUCAAGACCUUCUUCCCGGUGAACCGGCCGGAGAAGGAGUGGUGCAGCCGCUGCAUCAGCCUCAUCCAGAUGAACCCUGUUGCUGCCAGGAAGUUCUACCAGUACGCUCACAAACACACCAUGCCCUCUAACAUCAUAAAACUGAUGCUGGUUAUUCGCCGCACCCUGAACAGCUCCAUCCAGGUUGAGGGCGAGCUGUCGGAGCAUAAUGAGAGCAACAAGGAAAACGACACGUCAGCAGAGAUGUUAGAGUUACAGUCCGCACCUGUUACGCUGGGACAAGAUGUUGCUGUUGUGUCCGGUUUGCUGGAGGUCGUGGUCAUCCUGUGGAGAAGUGUCGAGAAAACGCUGAAGCAAAAACAAGAGCUCUACACGUACACCACUGCCAAGUUUGGAAAAGUUAUGUCCAAAUAUUUCCAGGCAUUUGAGGAUGAGCGAUCCACUGCUCCCCUCAUACAACUGGCCUCAUUCAUGCCUUCAGCUGCAGUUCCAACAUUCAGCUGUGGGGUCCUGUCCAAACUGAGGAGGUUGGACUCAGGCGCUCCUGCAACACAAUACAGCCAGCUGUUGGACUGCAUGUGUAGCUGGGGUCAGGCUGGUGACAUCCUUGAACUAAUCACCGACUGGCUCACGGAGUGCCUUCCCAAGCAAAAGGACAAGGCAGCUGCCCGUAGAAAAGUGCGCAUCCAGGAGACGGUGGAGGCCAAACCGGACCUCGCGCUGGUGUACCUGGAGCACCUUUUAAGCCACACUGCGACACGAGAGAAAGUCCUGGCUCUCGGUCAGAGCCCUCUGAAGCAGCUCCAUACAGUUCUAGGCAACUGGAAGUCAGUGUUGUUCAAUCACCUCAGCUCCACUGCACACGUCCCUGAAUGUCCCGGUGUGGAGACGGCACUGAAAGCCUUCAUGUUCCACGGUCGACUCGGUGCACAUCUGCAACACGAUUUGACAGAAGGCCGAGACUACCUGCUGUCUUUGGAGCAUGUGGCAGCCUGGGUGGCCGACAGGGUGCUGCCAUUUCUGAGGAAACGCACCGGUGAUGAUGGCGACGGCUCAGAAAAGUCGCAGCAAUUGGCCGCACAGAUAACAGAGAGCUUCCUGGAAGUAUGUCGUGAUGUUUUGCUUGUGGGUUUGGGCGAUAAGGAGUUCACUACUCAAAUCCUCCAUCUGUGCUCGCUCAUCCUCCUCUCAGAGGCAGGCUACGUGUGUAUCCAUGCAGUGCUGCCAAUUUUAAAGGAAGUGGCAAACUCUUGGGUUCGUGAAGAAAACAGCCAGGAUCAAGAGGAUGAAACCUCUGUCGUUUUGGGCGUGGUGGCCAACAUUUUCCAGAAGAUUAUAGAAGUCUUGGCACGCCGCCUUCGGAAGGAACCGGAGGAAGGAAGAAUGCUGUGUCAAUCAGCCGUUUCUGGUCUGACAGACUUCCUCCAAGUGGCCCACGCGUUGGACCGAGCUCCUCUCAGCGGGGUCUUUGCUACCGUCUUUGCCGUCAUCGUUGUAGAGAACAGGCAUUUGCUGGAGAAGAUUACUAACCCUGAGGAGGUGGUCACCCCACAGUCAGAGCAGGACAUGCCUCCCUUGUCCAGUGUCCUCCUGUCUGUGAUCCUCAAGUCAUCGCCUAUUAGCAGGGCGUUUUUGACGGAGGUGAACUCAUCUUUAGACUCAGACGCCAUCAGCAGUCUCACUGAACUGGCUGUCGUCCUGAACGUCUUAGCCGUUAUCAGACACGCGAGAGUGUCCAAAGUCGGCUUGAAAAGUGCAGCUGUGUCUGUCCAGCAGCAGCUUCACAAACAUGCGCUCUCGUCUGUAGACGGCAGUGACGUGCAAAGGGCUAUUUAUGAUUCUUCAGUGAUGACUUUGAAUGAGAUACUGGAUUCAUAAGUUUUUCCUUAAACUUAAAAAAAAAGAAAGAUUGUUUGUGAUGUAUUUUCUGUUACAAUGUAAUUUCUGCUUCACGUUUGUGCUGAGUGAAGCAGAUGAGCUUAAAUUAAAUGACACACUCAAUAUAUCAGCUACCCUGAUUGGGUUUU